AUGGACGUAGUCGCGGACGUGGACGUGGACAUGGAUAUGGACAUGGACGUGGAUAUGGACUUGGACGUGGACAUGGACGUUGACGUGGACAUGGACGUGGACAUGGACGUGGACGUGGACAUGGACGUGGACGAGGACGUGGACAUGGACGUAGACGUGGACGUGGACGUGAACGUGGACGUGGUCGUGGACGUGGACGUGGACGUGGACGUGGACAUGGACGUGGACGUGGAUGUGGACCUGGACGUGGAAUUGGACGUGGACGUGGACGUGGACGUGGACGAAGACAUGGUCCUGGACGUGAACGUGGACGUAGACAUGGACAUAGACGUGGACGUGGACGUGGACAUGGACGUGGACCUGGUCGUGGACGUUGACGAUGACGUGGACGUGGACAUGGUCGUGGACGCGGACAUGGAUGUGGACAUGGACAUGGACGUGGACGUGGACGUGGUUGUGGACGCGGACGUGGACGUGGACAUGGAUAUGGACGUAGACAUGGUCGUGGACGUGGACAUGGACAUGGACGUGGACGUGGACGGGGACGUAGACGUGGACGUGUACGUGGAGGUGGACGUGGACAAGGACGUGGACGUGUACGUGGACGUGGACGUGGACAAGGACGUGGACGUGGACAUGGACGUGGACGUGGACGUGGACAUGGACGUGGACGUGGAGGACUUGGACGUGGACGUGGACGUGGACAUGGACGUGGACAUGGACGUGGACGUGGACGUGGACGUGGACAUGGACGUGGACAUGGACGUGGACAUGGACAUGGACAUGGACGUGGACAUGGACGUGGACAUGGAAGUGGACGUGGACGUGGACGUGGACGUGGACAUGGACGUAGAUGUAGACGUGGACGAGGACAUGGACAUGGACGUGGACGUGGACGUGGACGUGGAGGUGGACGUGGACGUAGACGUGGACGUGGACGAGUUGGACGUGUACAUGAACGUGGACGUGGACAAGGACGUGGAAGUGGACGUGGACGUGGACGUGGAAAACUUGGACGUGGACAUGGACGUGAACGUGGACGUGGACAUGGACGUGGAGGACUUGGAUGUGGACAUGGACGUGGACGUGGACGUGGACGUGGACAUGGACGUGGACGUAGACGUGGACGUGGACGUGGACGUGGACAUGGACGUAGACAUGGACGUGUACGUUGACGUGGACAUGGACAUGGACGUGGACGUGGACGUGGAGGAGUUGGACGUGUACAUGGACAUGGACGUGGACAUGGACGUGGAAGUGGACGUGGACGUGGACGUGGAAAACUUGGACGUGGACAUGGACGUGAACGUGGACGUGGACAUGGACGUGGAGGACUUGGACGUGGACAUGGACGUGGACGUGGACGUAGACAUGGACGUGGGCGUGGACAUGGAGGUGGACGUGGACGUGGACGUGGACAUGGACGUGGACGUGGACGUGGACGUGGACGUGGUCGUGGACAUGGACAUGAACAUGGACAUGGACGUGGACGUGGACGUGGACGUGGACGUGGUCGUGGACGUGGACAUGGACGUGGUCAUGGACGUGGACGUGGUCGUGGACGUGGACGUGGACGUGGACAUGGACGUGGACGUGGACGUGGACGUGGACGUGGACAUGGUCGUGGACAUGGACGUGGACGUGGACGUGGACGUGACGUGGACACGUAGACGUGGAAGUGGACGUGGACGUGGACGUGGACGUGGAUGUGGCGUGGACGUGGACGUGGACGUGGACGUGGACGUGGACAUGGACGUGGACAUGGACGUGGACGUGGACGUGGACAUGGACGUGGACGUGGACGUGGACGUGGACGUGGAGGACGUGGACGUGGACGUGGAGGACGUGGACGUGGACGUGGACGUGGACGUGGACGUGGACGUGGACGUGGAGAACGUGGACGUGGACAUGGACGUGAACGUGGACGUGGACGUGGACGUGGACGUGGACGUGGAGGACUUGGACGUGGACAUGGACGUGGACAUGGACAUGGACGUGGACGUGGACAUGGACGUGGACGUGGACGUGGACGUGGACGUGGAGGUGGACAUGGACGUGGACAUGGACGUGGACGUGGAGGUGGGCGUGGACGUGGAGGUGGACGUGGACGUGGAGGUGGACGUGGACGUGGAGGUGGACAUGGACGUCGACAUGGACGUGGACGUGGAGGUGGACGUGGACGUGGAGGUGGACGUGGACGUGGAGGUGGACGUGGAGGUGGACGUGGAGGUGGACGUGGACGUGGACAUGGACGUGGAGGUGGACGUGGAGGUGGACGUGGAGGUGGACGUGGAGGUGGACGUGGACGUGGACGUGGACGUGGACGUAGACGUGGACGUGGAGGUGGACGUGGAGGUGGACGUGGAGGUGGACGUGGAGGUGGACGUGGAGGUGGAGGUGGAGGUGGACGUGGAGGUGGACGUGGAGGUGGAGGUGGAGGUGGAGGUGGACGUGGAGGUGGACGUGGAGGUGGACGUGGACGUGGACGUGGAGGUGGACGUGGAGGUGGACGUGGAGGUGGACGUGGAGGUGGACGUGGAGGUGGACGUGGACGUGGACGUGGACGUGGACGUGGAGGUGGACGUGGAGGUGGACGUGGAGGUGGACGUGGACGUGGACGUGGACGUGGACGUGGACGUGGACGUGGACGUGGACGUGGACGUAGACGUGGACGUGGAGGUGGACGUGGAGGUGGACGUGGAGGUGGACGUGGAGGUGGACGUGGAGGUGGAGGUGGAGGUGGACGUGGAGGUGGACGUGGAGGUGGAGGUGGAGGUGGAGGUGGACGUGGAGGUGGACGUGGAGGUGGACGUGGAGGUGGAGGUGGACGUGGACGUGGACGUGGACGUGGACGUGGACGUGGAGGUGGACGUGGAGGUGGACGUGGAGGUGGACGUGGAGGUGGACGUGGCGGUGGACGUGGACGUGGACGUGGACGUGGACGUGGACGUGGACGUGGAGGUGGACGUGGAGGUGGACGUGGACGUGGACGUGGACGUGGACGUGGACGUGGACGUGGACGUGGACGUGGAGGUGGACGUGGAGGUGGACGUGGACGUGGACGUGGACGUGGACGUGGACGUGGACGGUGGACGUGGAGUGGACGUGGACGUGGACACGAACGUGGACGUGGACGUGGACACGGACGUGGACACGGACGUGGACAUGGACGUAGACGUGGACCUGGACAUAGACGUGGACGUGGACCUGGACAUGGACGUGGACGUGGACGUGGACGUGGACAUGGACGUGGACGUGGACCUGGACGUGGACGUGGACGUGGACGUGGACGUGGACGUGGAGGUGGACAUGGACAUGGACGUGGACGUGGACAUGGACGUGGACGUGGACGUGGACGUGGACGUGGAGGUGGACAUGGACGUGGACAUGGACGUGGACGUGGAGGUGGACGUGGACGUGGAGGUGGACGUGGACGUGGAGGUGGACGUGGACGUGGACGUGGACGUGGACGUGGACGUGGACGUGGACGUGGACAUGGACGUCGACAUGGACGUGGACGUGGAGGUGGACGUGGACGUGGAGGUGGACGUGGACGUGGAGGUGGACGUGGAGGUGGACGUCGAGGUGGACGUGGACAUGGACGUGGAGGUGGACGUGGAGGUGGACGUGGAGGUGGACGUGGAGGUGGACGUGGAGGUGGAGGUGGACGUGGACGUGGACGUGGACGUGGACGUGGACGUGGACGUGGACGUGGAGGUGGACGUGGAGGUGGACGUGGAGGUGGACGUGGAGGUGGACGUGGAGGUGGAGGUGGAGGUGGACGUGGAGGUGGACGUGGAGGUGGAGGUGGAGGUGGAGGUGGACGUGGAGGUGGACGUGGAGGUGGACGUGGAGGUGGAGGUGGACGUGGACGUGGACGUUGACGUGGACGUUGACGUGGACGUGGACGUGGACGUGGACGUGGACCUAACGUGGACGUGGACGUGGAGGUGGACGUGGACGUGGAGGGACGUGGAGGUGGACGUGGAGGUGGACGUGGAGGUGGACGUGGAGGUGGACGUGGACGUGGACGUGGACGUGGACGUGGACGUGGACGUGGACAUGGAGGUGGACGUGGAGGUGGACGUGGAGGUGGACGUGGACGUGGACGUGGACGUGGACGUGGACGUGGAGGUGGAGGUGGACGUGGACGUGGACGUGGACGUGGACGUGGACGUGGAGGUGGACGUGGAGGUGGACGUGGACGUGGACGUGGACGUGGACGUGGACGUGGACGGUGGACGUGGAGUGGACGUGGACGUGGACGUGGACCUGGACAUGGACGUGGACGUGGACGUGGACGUGGACGUGGACGUGGAUGUGGGCGUGGACGUGGAGAUGGACGUGGACGAGGACGACGUGGACGUGGAGAACUUGGACGUGGACAUGGACGUAAACAUGGACGUGGACGUGGACGUGGAGGACUUGGACUUGGACAUGGACGUGGACGUGGAGGUGGACAUGGACGUGGACGUGGACAUGGACGUGGACGUGGACAUGGACGUGGACGUGGACGUGGACGUGGACAUGGACAUGGACGUGGACGUGGACGUGGACAUGGACAUAGACGUGGACGUGGACGUGGACGUGGACAUGGACGUGGACGUGGACAUCGUCGUGGACGUGGACGUGGACGUGGACGUGGACAUGGACAUGGACGUGGACGUGGAGGUGGGCGUGGACGUGGAGGUGGACGUGGACGUGGAGGUGGACGUGGACGUGGAGGUGGACAUGGACGUCGACAUGGACGUGGACGUGGAGGUGGACGUGGACGUGGAGGUGGACGUGGACGUGGAGGUGGACGUGGAGGUGGACGUGGAGGUGGACGUGGACGUGGACAUGGACGUGGAGGUGGACGUGGAGGUGGACGUGGAGGUGGACGUGGAGGUGGAGGUGGACGUGGACGUGGACGUGGACGUGGACGUAGACGUGGACGUGGAGGUGGACGUGGAGGUGGACGUGGAGGUGGACGUGGAGGUGGAGGUGGAGGUGGACGUGGAGGUGGACGUGGAGGUGGAGGUGGAGGUGGAGGUGGACGUGGAGGUGGACGUGGAGGUGGACGUGGAGGUGGAGGUGGACGUGGACGUGGACGUGGACGUGGACGUGGACGUGGAGGUGGACGUGGAGGUGGACGUGGAGGUGGACGUGGAGGUGGACGUGGAGGUGGACGUGGACGUGGACGUGGACGUGGACGUGGAGGUGGACGUGGAGGUGGACGUGGAGGUGGACGUGGACGUGGACGUGGACGUGGACGUGGACGUGGACGUGGACGUGGACGUGGACGUAGACGUGGACGUGGAGGUGGACGUGGAGGUGGACGUGGAGGUGGACGUGGAGGUGGACGUGGAGGUGGAGGUGGAGGUGGACGUGGAGGUGGACGUGGAGGUGGAGGUGGAGGUGGAGGUGGACGUGGAGGUGGACGUGGAGGUGGACGUGGAGGUGGAGGUGGACGUGGACGUGGACGUGGACGUGGACGUGGACGUGGAGGUGGACGUGGAGGUGGACGUGGAGGUGGACGUGGAGGUGGACGUGGAGGUGGACGUGGACGUGGACGUGGACGUGGACGUGGACGUGGACGUGGAGGUGGACGUGGAGGUGGACGUGGAGGUGGACGUGGACGUGGACGUGGACGUGGACGUGGACGUGGACGUGGACGGUGGACGUGGAGUGGACGUGGACGUGGACACGGACGUGGACGUGGACGUGGACACGGACGUGGACACGGACGUGGACAUGGACGUAGACGUGGACCUGGACAUGGACGUGGACGUGGACCUGGACAUGGACGUGGACGUGGACGUGGACGUGGACAUGGACGUGGACGUGGACCUGGACGUGGACGUGGACGUGGACGUGGACGUGGACGUGGAGGUGGACAUGGACAUGGACGUGGACGUGGACAUGGACGUGGACGUGGACGUAGACGUGGACGUGGAGGUGGACAUGGACGUGGACAUGGACGUGGACGUGGAGGUGGACGUGGACGUGGAGGUGGACGUGGACGUGGAGGUGGACGUGGACGUGGACGUGGACGUGGACGUGGACGUGGACGUGGACAUGGACGUCGACAUGGACGUGGACGUGGAGGUGGACGUGGACGUGGAGGUGGACGUGGACGUGGAGGUGGACGUGGAGGUGGACGUCGAGGUGGACGUGGACAUGGACGUGGAGGUGGACGUGGAGGUGGACGUGGAGGUGGACGUGGAGGUGGACGUGGAGGUGGAGGUGGACGUGGACGUGGACGUGGACGUGGACGUAGACGUGGACGUGGAGGUGGACGUGGAGGUGGACGUGGAGGUGGACGUGGAGGUGGACGUGGAGGUGGAGGUGGAGGUGGACGUGGAGGUGGACGUGGAGGUGGAGGUGGAGGUGGAGGUGGACGUGGAGGUGGACGUGGAGGUGGACGUGGAGGUGGAGGUGGACGUGGACGUGGACGUGGACGUGGACGUGGACGUGGAGGUGGACGUGGAGGUGGACGUGGAGGUGGACGUGGAGGUGGACGUGGACGUGGACGUGGACGUGGACGUGGACGUGGACGUGGACAUGGAGGUGGACGUGGAGGUGGACGUGGAGGUGGACGUGGACGUGGACGUGGACGUGGACGUGGACGUGGAGGUGGAGGUGGACGUGGACGUGGACGUGGACGUGGACGUGGAGGUGGACGUGGACGUGGACGUGGACGUGGACGUGGACGUGGACGUGGACGUGGACGUGGACGGUGGACGUGGAGACGUGGACGUGAACAUGGACGUGGACAUGGACGUGGACAUGGACGUGGACGUUGACGUGGACAUGGACGUGGACGUAGACAUGGACGUGGACAUGGACGUGGACAUGGACGUGGACAUGGACAUGGACGUGGACAUGGACGUGGACAUGGACGUGGACAUGGACGUGGACAUGGACGUGGACGUGGACGUGGGCGUGGACGUGGACGUGGACGUGGACGUGGAGAUGGACGUGGACGUGGACGUGGAGGACUUGGACGUGGAGAUGGACGUUGACGUGGACGUGGACGUAGACGUGGACAUGGACGUAGACGUGGACAUGGACGUGGACGUGGACGUGGACAUGGACGUGGACAUGUACGUGGACGUCGACGUGGAAGUGGACGUGGACGUGGAGAACUUGGACGUGGACAUGGACGUGGACAUCGACGUGGACGUGGACGUGGACGAAGACAUGGUCGUGGACGUGGACGUGGACGUGGACGUGGACAUGGACAAGGACUUAGACGUGGACGUGGACGUGGACGUGGUCGUGGACGUGGACGUGGUCUUGGACAUGGACGUCGACGUGGACAUGGACGUGGACAUGGACGUGGACGUGGACGUGGACGUGGACAUGGAUGUGGACGUGGACGUGGACGUGGACCUGGACGUGGACCAGGUCGUGGACAUGGACGUGGACGUGGACGUGGACCUGGACCUGGACGUGGACGUGGACGUGGACAUGGACGUGGACAUGGACGUGGACAUGGACGUGGACGUGGACGUGGACGUGGACGUGGACGUGGACUGGGACGUGGACGUGGACGUGGAGUGGACGUGGACGUGGAUGUGGACGUGGACGUGA